AUGGCAAACUCUCUUUACUUAAUUUGCGAACCAAUGUAUCUGGGCGAAGAGCGCUUUCAACGCUGGCCGUCCCCAGCCAACCACGCUGGACCUGAAUACCUCACAUUUUGUUUCGCAAUCUUAAAAAAUCGCGAGAAUCAACCUCCCUUUACUAUUAACUUUCCCUCAGAUCUAUAUCGCGACAUCAAGAAGUCACAAAGAGUCCGCGACAAGAUGCCAGACGUCAAUCUCGCAGAUAUGUCUGGAGAUCAGUUUAUGGAUGAUAUUCCUUGGCCCGACUAUCACGAUAUUGAGAUCCCGCCAAUAUCUGAGGAUCAACUCGAAAGUAUUGGAUACCAUAUCGAUCUAUUGGAAUUCGAACUCCUUGGUCCGAUUAAAGGUCCUACAAUCAGUGAUGAGGAUUUCAUCUUUCAAAAGCUUGAUUUGAAUCAAAAGAGAACAAAAGAAGAACUCUUUGAAGAUAUUCCUUAUAAUUUGUUUGAGCAUAAAUUCUUCGAGGCAAGAUUUCAGAGUUUUGGUUCUGCUAUGAGAGCUGGAGAAGGUCCACAAAUACCAAAAUGGGCACAUCAAGGUUUCGAUAUUAUUGAAGAAGAAGAGAUGGCCUUAUCAGACCGUCAAGAACUUCAAAAGGCCCUCCGAAGCUACGAUGCUACCUACCGUGCAAAUUACCUUAACCCCGAUCUUGUACCGGAAAAAAAAUUAGGUUCAUUAAAGAAAUCAGGUACUAUGACGAACUGGUAUCGAAAAGGUCCUAUGGGACGUGGUCGAAAACCUCCUCCAAAACCUCGGCAAGAUGUUGCGGAAAUUUCUCAAGAUCAUAUAUGGCUUCUCCAGCAAGAUAAUCUAGCCAUGGCCAAGGAUAAUGAAGAUACUGAGAUGGGUGGAAUGAGUGUGGGUGGUGGAGGGAAUGUCGUUGGUGCUGAAGUUAUUGGCGGAAUGAAUGCUACAAUCGAUGCUCCUGGUCCUUCCGAUUUUGAUUAUGAAUUCGCUCAAAUAAGUACCACACAAGGUGCUCCUGGUCCUUGGGGAUACGAGUCUAGCUCUUUUGGUGCGCAUAAUGCUCCUACUUCAGGAUACAACUAUCAUGUCAGUACCUCCAGCAAUGGUGUCGGUCCUUCUGGAUAUAAUUCUGGAGCUACUUCAAGAGUUGUCCCCGCCAAUACAUCAACGACUGUCGCCAAUAAUACACCAGACUCUUCGAUAUACAAUUCUGGAACUGUUUUGAGCGCUGCCCCUAUCAGUACACCAAUGGCUUCCUCUAAGAGUGAGCCAAACCCUCCAGUAUACAAUUUUGGUUCCAGUGCAAGGAGCAUUGUGAACACCGCACCAGGCCCUUCUGAGUAUAACUCUGGGACUACCGGAAGCAACAGUUCAAGCAGCACGGUAGUUCCUUCAGGACAUACUUCUGGACCUGGCAUAAACAACACAACCAAUACUACAGCAAGCCCUUCGGGACACAGCACCUUGUCAGUUCCGACUCCGAGAGAUGUGAUUAGUACAAGUAGAAGUGAUGGAACAAAUACCUUGAGCGACUCAUCUCGUCCCAUCCCAGACUACAACCAAGGAUAUACUAAAUCUUUGGGCGAGCCUGUCAGAGAUAACUAUGCUAACUUUUUCCCCACACAUGCCACCUCUAUUACGCCUAGCAUAAAUCCUCACAACACCAUCGAAGUCCAAUCUCGAGAAGUUAGUCACCAACCCAAUCUUCCCACUGCAGCCGCAUCCGCACCUGCACCUGCACCUGCACUAGCACUAGCACUAGCAAGUGAAGAAAUCCUUCAAACACUAUCUACAAGCCAGGAGCCCGAAAUGGAGAACCUCCUUCCCAUCAACAAAAGGAUGGCUGCAAGAGAUGAAAAAGAUGAAGACUGGCAGCCAGGUCAAAAACCAAAACCAAAAACCACCAGAAAAACCGCUGUAUCUAAAGCUUCCACUGCCAAUCCGGCCACACCCAAAACAACCGCUCGCAAAACUGCUACUCCCAGAACUAGGAAGCCAAAGACUGUUGUACCCAGUGUCGCUGGUCCCACAGCUACCAGCCUCAAAGCUGUCAGUCCCACAGUUGGAACACCCAACCUCAUCAAACCAACUAUCGUCGUGAGAACUAGGAAUUCGAGAGCCGCUACUCCCAAAACUGUCGGACCCAAGUCUACUGCGCUCAAAGCUACUGCUCCCAGAACUGCUCCCAGAACUGCUAACACUAGAACUUCCACUCCAAAGACUGCAGCCUCUAGGACCGCAACUACCAAAACUUCCACCACAAGAGCUAGUUCCAAGCCCAACACCCCCAAGCCUUCCUCAUCUACCUCAACCCCCAGUCUCAAAGCACCCGUCACCAGAAAAUCUUCUCUCAAGAAGAGUAUUUCGGGAGAAAGUGCCGACGGUACAUGGGAGCCUGAUGAGGAAGACUUAUAA